CUUCUACUCACGCGGCGUCAGCCUGUAGGCUAAGAGGGCGGAUCCAUUUACCUGAGAUGGCGCAAUUAAAUUCAGUUAUGUUUCGUGGAGCUGAUUGAGAACCCUGCAACCAAGGCCGGCGUUCCGGCCGCCAUGACAGCAGCGAUACUGCUCAAGAGGAAGGAUGAAGCUAAGUUCCAGGCCAAUGUAUCGAUCCGGGCGAAGGCGGACUGGAAGACGCAACUGGAAUGGCUGGUGGGCUCGACACGGGCAGAUGACCCGGUGCUGUUUGAUCCGACGAUGGAGCCAACCAGUGCCAGGUAUGACGAUAUGGAGCUGAAAAUGGGAGACAUCGACCUGCAGGCCAUCUCCAAGAUUGUGGUGGAAAUGCGAUUGGUUAUGCACCUAUGGAGACACCCCGAGUUGGCGAGUCUAGUCCAUAAAUUAGACCUUUACUGGUUCCCAGACGGGUCUAGCGAUAUGAAGGCGGAGGAUUACGAAGACGACGAGCAAUCCAGAGCCGAAUUCAUCGACCACGCGCUGCAGGAGAUAUAUACGCCCGAGGAAGAGGAUACCAAGUUCAAGUGGAGCGUAUGGCUACGCAACUUCGGGUCCGAGGCUUGGUUUGGGGUGCUUCUUGUUCGUUUGACACACCUGGAAAGCAUCGAAUUUGGCCAUGAACGCUCGAUAUUGAUGCCCGACAUUCUACUGAAAGCAGCAAACCGGCAGCAGCCUUUCCAUGAGACUCCACCGUUUCCCUCUCUACGAGAGGUUAUCUUCAAGUGCGAGGAGUUCAGUGAAGGGGUCGAUGAAAACUUCGUCACCCCAUUCUUCUAUUUCCCGAGCGUUCGCUCAAUUCGUGGCCACUCAAUCUGGGCCAACACUGAAGACGACCAACGCCUCACGGAUCCUGCUGAUGUCAUUCAAUCAACCUACUCCGUCAGAGAGAUCACAGUUAAGGAAAUCUGGUAUUGCGGCGGGAUGCUCGACUGGCUCGCAGCAUGCAGGGAACUAGAGCAUCUCUCCCUCCAAACUUCGACUCACCCCGACGAUAUUGAUCUCGUCGUCCCCUUUAAUGCUAUGGUACUCUACCAGGCUCUUCUUCCUUUCAAACAAACCCUCAAAUCUCUAAGCAUGAUAUACGAAGAAGUAUAUAAUUACCUUCUUGUCAAAGGUUAUGGAUGGACCCUGGAACAGGAUAACAUACCUUUCGGGUCCUUUCGAGAUUUUUCCGUCCUUGAAGACUUAACCAUUCGACAUGCCCAUCUCAUGCAAAUCUUCCCGGCUUCUACGAUUGUUCAAGCCAACAAAAUCCAUGUGGACGAUAUGCUCCCCAGCUCUUUACGAAAACUUACCAUUCUUGAUAUUGUGGAGGACUUCUCCUCUCAGCUAGUAUCGGAGCUUCAAAGCCUGGUGAGGAACAGGAAUUCACAUCCCCACCUUGUUACACUGGAACUUGGGAAGGAGGGCAUUCACGAGAGAAACGCCAUCGACAAGAAAUUGUAUCGUAUUUUGAAAGCUGAAUGCGAGGAAGCGGGCAUUUACUUGAAACUGAUAAUGUAAUGGGGAUUGGUCAUAGAAAUUAUUUGCGGUACUCAAGAAGUGCUAUCAUUGAAUCUAGCUCGGUAUAGUAGCGGGG